AUGUCAGACGCAAUCACAUCGGGAGUUUUGUGCUUAAUCAUUCUUCAGUUCUCUGUGGCCGACGGAGACGACGGAAGCAACUUCAACGAUUGCCUUAACACAGCAGACCACGAGCUCAUUUUCCUAAUCUGCAGCAUAAGCAACUUCUUUUGUUUGACUCGCGCAGAGGAGGAGUCGCCGAGGGAGAUCACACGAAACAAUCUAUUGAGUGAGAGCGGUGGAGAGAGUGGGUGGCUGAUUAGAUUCUUCGAUUCUGCUUUCUUUUGUGAGUGGAUUGCUGUUAGUUAUCUCUACAAACAUGAUCACCCUGGGGUUAGGGAUUACCUCUGUAACAGGAUGUACACUCUCCCAUUAUCUGGCAUUGAAAGCUACUUGUUUCAGAUAUGUUACAUGCUUGUUCACAAGCCCAGUCCAUCACUUGAUAAGUUCGUUAUUGAUAUAUGCUCCAAAUCACUUAAGAUAGCUCUGAAAGUGCAAUGGUUCCUAAUGGCAGAGCUUGAGGAUGCUGAUGAUAAUGAAGGGAUCAGUAGAAUCCAAGAGAAGUGUCAGAUUGCUGCUACCAUAAUGGGAGAGUGGACACCUUUGAUUAAACCACAUACUGAGCCCACCAACAACAUUGGCAAAAACCAAGUUCUUACUAGGUUACUAUCAUCAAAACAACGAUUACUAUCAUUAGCAACAUCUCCUCCACCUCAAAAAACUUUCUCAUUCUCUCCUGGAGCAAACCCUUUGCAGGAUGAAGGUAGCAGCAAGGCCUCACCAGAUGACAACACGAUAUUUAAGAAAUUUAUUCCCAGUCCAAAGGUGCGAAAUGCUUUGCUUUUUAGGAAAUCCGUUGAUAAAGAUGAUGAGGAACCUGACAAGGAUGGGUUCUUCAAGAGACUUUUAAGAGAUGGUAAAGAUGAAGAUGAACCAGACAAAGAUGGUUUCUUUAAAAGGCUUUUAAGAGAGAGUAAAGAUGAUGAUGAACCAGACAAAGAUGGUUUCUUCAAGAGGCUUUUAAGAGACUCUAAAGAUGAAGAGAGAGAUGAUGAGGACAAGGAGAAGGAUGGAUUUUUCCGUAGGCUUCUGAAAGAUAGUAAAGAUGAAGAUGAAGCGACAUCAGGUUCGGAUAAGUUUUUUAAACGGUUGUUUCGUGAUAACAGUAAAGGCGAUUUGGAGGAAAAGAAUGUUUCAAAAUCUGCUGAAGGAGAUGAUAAAGACGGGUUCUUCCGGAAGCUUUUCAGGGAUAAAAGUGAAGAAGAAGAAAAAGUAACUAAUUCCAUUGAAGAUGAUGAGAAAGAAGGGUCGUUCUUUCGGAAAAUAUUUAAAGAAAAAUUUGAAGACAAGAAAGAUGAAUCUGGUAAUGAUGAAGGCAAAGGACAUGCAAAUGGUGUGGAAGAAGAUUCUGCAGAUGUUCCCUUGUUUCGCAGGCUAUUUCGUAUGCAAUCUGAUGAUAACAAAACUGCAGUUCCAAAUGAAAGCAUUAAUGGUGGUGGGCUUGAAAGCAGUCCAGGAACCGAGAUCUUUUUCAGAAAGUUGUUCAGAGAUCGAGAUCGUUCUGUUGAAGAUUCAGAGCUUUAUGGAUCAAAGAAGAACAAAGAGAAGAAUGGUGGCCCAUCAAAGCAAAAGACUGAGAAUUCCAAUCAUAAGCCCCCUUUGCCUACUGCAUCACAGUUUCGUAAAGGAACAUAUCAUGAGUCCCUUGACUUUGUUCACUCCUUAUGUGAAACUUCAUAUGGUCUAGUAGAUGUUUUUCCAGUUGAAGAUCGCAAAAGUGCACUUUGUGAGUCACUCACGGAGAUCAAUACGCAUGUUUCUGCAGCUCAAACUAGUGGAGGUGUGUGCUUUCCCAUGGGGAAGGGAAUGUAUCGUGUGGUUCACAUACCAGAAGAUGAAGCUGUUCUUCUUAAUUCAAGGGAAAAGGCACCAUACCUAAUAUGUGUUGAAGUAUUGAAAAGUGAAACUGUGAGCAUUGUGAAAGACAACUCCACUUCUCAAAAGCUCUCAAAGGGUGGAAUUCCAUUGGCUAAUGGAGAUGCAUUUUUACCAAAACCUCCUCCAUGGGCCUACCCUUUAUCAAAUGGACAUGAUCUUUACCACUCUAGUUAUGAUAGAAUGUCACAAUCUGCUUCUGAUGCAAUUGACCAAGCAAUGGGUCAACUGUGGGACUCAAAAGCAAAGUUUGUUAAUGUGAGCCUUGUAGUGGAGAACCCAUCGCCUCGAUGCUCAAAUUCAAACAGCUUUGAGAUAUCUGACAUUCAUCAUUGUGAAGGUAGAGGUUGUGCAAAUGGAGAUGAUUUAGAAUGGGUGAGAGUAGUGUUGACUGCAGAUUCUGGAGUCAAAAUGGAUGACAUUGAGGUUCAAGAACCACCACGAAGGAGGGAACACCGCCGUGUUCCGAGUAAUUUAGCUUUUGAGGAAGUGAAGGCUGCUGCAUUGAAAGGAGAAGCACCUGCUGGACUCCCUGUAAAAGGGUCUGGUCAAACUUCAUCAAAUGCACAACCGAAGGAUGUAGAUGGUGCAACUCCAAAGGCAGGUGAUGCAUUGUCUGGUGAACUUUGGGAAACAAAGAAAGAUAGAAUACGUGAGGCUUCAGUAUAUGGAAAACUUCCUGGUUGGGAUCUGUGCUCAGUUAUUGUGAAAAGUGGGGAUGAUUGUAGGCAGGAACAUCUUGCAGUGCAGCUGAUUUCUCACUUUUAUGACAUAUUCCAAGAAGCUGGACUACCUCUGUGGCUACGCCCUUAUGAAGUUCUUGUCACAUCAUCUUACACAGCUCUAAUUGAAACAAUUCCAGACACUGCAUCAAUUCACUCUAUCAAAAGUAGAUUCCCCAAUAUCACGAGCUUGCGUGACUUUUUCGUAGCCAAAUAUCAAGAAAAUUCAUCAAGUUAUAAGCUUGCACAGAGGAACUUUGUGGAAAGUAUGGCUGGAUACUCCCUGGUUUGCUAUCUGUUACAGGUGAAAGAUAGGCACAAUGGGAACCUAUUGCUAGAUGAAGAAGGCCACAUUAUACACAUUGACUUUGGGUUCAUGCUCUCCAAUUCACCUGGUGGUGUUAAUUUUGAGAGUGCACCUUUCAAGUUAACCCGUGAACUUCUUGAGGUUAUGGAUUCGGAUGCCGAGGGAGUUCCAAGCGAGUUUUUUGACUACUUCAAGGUUUUGUGCAUUCAAGGCUUCCUAACAUGUCGUAAGCAUGCAGAGCGGAUAAUUCUACUUGUUGAGAUGUUGCAGGACUCUGGUUUUCCUUGUUUCAAAGGUGGUCCAAGGACAAUACAGAACUUAAGAAAACGAUUCCACUUAAGUUUGCCAGAAGAGCAAUGUGUAUCCUUGGUGCUUUCCCUGAUUAGCAGCAGCUUAGAUGCAUGGAGAACACUGUACAGGAGGUUCGUGGUGGUUCGUUGUUUUCCGGCCCCACCAUAUUUCAAACUUUGCCACCGGACUGCCGCCAUCGGUACUUGUAAAUUUGGCGGCAGAGGAGGAAUGGCAAUGGCGGUUGGUGGUGUUGAUAGGUUGCUUGCUUAUAUGCAUUGCAUAUCAUAA